AUGUCCUUACACUCACCCAGACCGGACUUAUGGCUAGAGCCACUGGACCCCCACAAACACCUUCAAGGCUUCCACGAACUAUGUUCCGACGAGACAGCGAAUCUCUGGAGCACCCGGCUCCACACAACCACCCUCGAAGCCUCCAAAGAGCGCAUAGUAGUCAACAACCCAGAGACUGAACCCUGGCACCUAAGCUGUGCCGUAAUGGUCUCGGACUACGCGUCCCUUCCUCCACUACCGGCGGAAGGCGGCAACAACGGGGUUCCUGCCACCGACAUCACCAGAGAGACCAAGAUGAUCGGAAGUAUCAGGACGACGACGGUAUCAGCUUGGGGACUGUCGAUCGGGUACAAGCUGCGGUCCGAUUGCUGGGGCAAAGGGUACGCCACGCGCGCGAUCGCGGCUUUUUUGGACAUGUACUGGAGUCGUAUGAGGUUGGCUCCGAGGAGGGAGAUGGUUGUCGUCCCCGAGGUGCGGUCGUCAGCAACAGGAGGUCAGAGCAAACAAGGAGAUGAUGGUGCCCACGCCUCCUCUGCUGGAGAUCUGGAUCCAGGGUUGCAGAUCAAAGGUAAUGGGGCUACGGCAGCUGCUAGAGACGCAGAGGGCGACGAUGACGACGGAGAUCAGAUCGAGAUCACGCACCUCGUUGCGCAGGUUGAUCUAGAGAAUGUGGGCAGCAUGAGAGUCUGUGAAAAGUGCGGCGGGAGGCUCGUUGCCGUCGAAAAGGAGUGCAUCAAGGUGUGGCGGUUUGCCGAGAUGAGGGAUAUGGCUGUGUGGAGGUUUGAUAAACCUUCAGACAGUGUGUCGAGUCAAGCUUGA